AUGGACGAGCCAAUGGACCACGCGAUGGGCGAAGCGGAGGCAGACGCUCAACCUCCUGCUACGAACAGCACCCAAAGCCUUCCGCUCAAGAAAAGAAUGGCUUUCGAAGAAUCAAACCCGGUCCGUGACACGAAACGAAUCAAGACCUCAGCUACAAUAUGGAGGGUUGCUUUCCCAGAGAAGCCUGCAGUUUUAGAGGAGCAAAAUGGGGAGAUCGAAUUCCGAGUCGUCAACAAUGACGGUUCUCGCACCAGUACAAUCAUCCUUACAGGCCUCAAAUGUCUGUUUCAAAAGCAACUGCCAAAAAUGCCCAAAGAUUACAUUGCGCGUCUUGUCUACGAUCGGGCCCAUUUGUCUAUUGCCAUAGUGAAAAUGCCUCUGGAGGUUAUCGGAGGAAUAACAUUUCGGGAAUUUCGACACCGCAAGUUUGCUGAAAUUGUUUUUUGCGCAGUCUCAUCUGAUCAGCAGGUGAAAGGAUAUGGAGCACAUCUGAUGGCCCAUCUAAAAGAUUAUGUCAAAGCUACUUCCCCCGUGAUGCAUUUUCUAACUUACGCCGAUAAUUAUGCCACAGGAUACUUCCAAAAACAAGGGUUUACCAAAGAUAUCAGUCUUGACAAGUCUAUCUGGAUGGGGUAUAUCAAGGAUUAUGAAGGGGGUACACUCAUGCAAUGCUCCAUGGUCCCUCGAAUACGCUAUCUUGAAGUUGGCCGUAUGCUUCUUAAGCAAAAGGCAACUGUUCAAGCUAAAAUGCAUCUCUUGAGCAGCAAUCACAUUGUCCAUCCACCACCUCCACAAUGGGCCAAUGUUGACAAGGAUGAGGUUCCAGAUUAUUAUAAGGUGAUCACGUCGCCAAUGGACCUGUCAACUGUAGAAGAAAAGUUGGAGCGUGAUGAUUAUGCUGCACCAAAAGAGCUUGUCCAUGACCUUAAGUUGAUCUUUAGCAAUUGCCGGCAGUAUAAUGACGCAACAACCGUGUACGCCAAGUGUGCGGUGAAGCUGGAGAAGUACAUGUGGAGUCUUAUUAAGGAGAUUCCAGAGUGGUAUGCCUUAGUUGAAGAUGCAUGA